AUGGCCUCUGAGUUGCAGAUCUUCACCGAUCUCAGUGCGGACAUCAACAGGUCGACCCUCUCUGAUGCCGAUGUGAUUGCUCAGACCAAGAAAGCAAAGGAUAUCAUCAAGAAACUCGAAGAGAACACAGCCAACAUUUUCAAGCCCUCGGCAACUGCAACAUCGUUACAACUUCAUCGAGUUCUACAGGCAAUGCUCACCUGCACCGAGGACAUCAAGAUGCCACCCCAGAGGCUGGUAUACGUGAUUAAAGCAAUUCUUACCUGUUCCAAACGGGCUGAAGAGGGUGAUCGCGGUGGUCCCUUGCGACAUGAAGAACUGGUUAAGAACCUCCGAGCUCUCGCAGUCACUUGGGUCACCCACUUCCUCUUCCCAUUUAAAGCCAGUCCGAGAACCUACGCACAACAAGCAUCUGAAAUUUUUUCUGAUAUCGCCACCCCAACGUAUGAAAGGACGGCGGACAAUAUGCCGACUAGAUCCAUUGGACGUAGGACUUUAGACAUGGAUACCGUGCUCCGUCGUGACGGUUAUACGUGUGUGAUCACGGGUAUAGUAGACAGCCGUCGUCCUGUGGAUCCAGGUGUUACUAGAUUGGAGGUAGCUCAUGUAUUGCGGAGAGCUGUAGGUGGGCAAAGUCACCGUGAGACAGAUCCUAGUUUCAGACCGGCCGCUGCUACAUUUGAUAUACUACGAAACUAUACUCGCCUUCCCGAUGAUUACCUCUGGAACAUGGAGGAUCACAUUGAUCACCCUUCAAAUGCAAUCACCCUUGGGGCUGACGCACAUAUCCUCUUCGAUCAGUACCGGAUACGUCUGCUCCCAACAGCUACUGAACACACAUACACGCUUGACUGGUUUGACAAGUUACGGGUCGCUGAUUUUCUUUCUGGUCUCCGCAAAUUGGGAGGCCGCAACUUGGCAGUUGUUUUCAGGAACCGUACUCCUCAUGGAUACGCCUACAACAUGCCUGACCCAAUUUUCAUCGGGAUUCACGCCACUGUGGCGGGCGUUCUCGAUAUUUCUGGCGCAGCCGAAUUCAUCGACAACUUAAUUGACAAGCACCCGCCAUCUGGGAGCAGUAAACCUGCUAGCAGCUGGAGUGACAUGGAGGAAUUGAUCUCGCUCCAUGAAGUUGUUACUGAGCUCCAAAGGCUCUCCGUGUCACCUAUCACUUCUUGGAUCCGCCUCCUCGUGCUCAGUCGUGCUUGUCCCCAUCCGACAAAGAUCCAACUCAAGCUUCGCAUUCUCCCGAUCUCCCAAGUCUACCGCACAAUCCAUAGUCUCGUUCACCUAGUCAAUCCCCCCCUCUCUUCAUCCCUGCUCCACCAUGCACCCCAUACCCAGACGACGACCCCAUGGCAGGGAAGCAAGAAGAAAGCCGAAACUGAAGAUUCGUCAUCGACCCAACGUCUUCGUACCCUGAUUCCGCGAGUAUUCUAUAGGAGGAUCGAAUCGGGGGAUGAGAAUUCUGCUCAUAGCGUUCAACCGUCGCUCCUCAGUAACCUCACCGAUGGCAACAACCGACCUCAAAAGUUCAACUCUGUUCGCGACCUUGAUAUUGACUCCAGCCCACAGUUGCAGCGGCGGAGCGUCAAUAUUCAAUGUUGA